AUGUUCAAUCGCUUGCGAGAAGGCUUCCGACAAGAGCGUAAGAUGCAACCGGAGUCAGAAUCGGUCCGUUCUGUGGAUGACGGAGGCCAUCUGUCCCGACGAUCGAGCAGCAAGGUCGUCCCUGGGCUGCCCAGGCCACUGACUUUCAAGAGAAUGAGCAGCGAGAAGCGCGAGAAGCUUCUAGAAGGUCCUGUUUCUCCUAAACAGAGACGAGCUACUUCACUUCAUCAGCGGCGAGGCAACCCACCUGAUCGGAUAAAAAGAGAUCAAGACGACAAAGGCAACGAUGUCUACAACGGCUCUGGCCGAGAUCAAGAAGAAGCUUACGAGACGUCAUCUGUUCAUUCUGCUGUAUCAACGGCUCGAAGUGAUCUCGAGGCAGUACUAGCGGAUUGGUCAGGACGAGCAACAUGCGAUCUUGCAACUUUCUUAGAAGACUACGAGGCCGUCAUGGAUAACAGUCCAGAAGAUCAUGCACGCGGUGAAAGGAUGAUAGCACUUGGCGCAAUGGGAGACGGAUCGGAGGUUUUUGAGAUUAGUGCCAACAGCAUCCUCAAGUGUCGUAUGGGAUGCAUUAUAUCGGCAGUCGAAUAUCUGCACAGUCAGAACAUUCGCCACAAAGACCUGAAGCCUUCCAAUAUCCUUCUCUCGGCUGGACGCGUUUUCUUGACAGACUUUGGCACAGCUACUGACUUCUCCGACCGAACUUCAAGCACAACCGAAGGUAUAGAAAGAGGGACGCCAAAAUAUUUUGCACCUGAGAUGGCCGCCUACGAAGGCAGCGGUCGUCCUGCGGACAUUUUCUCACUCGGAUGCGUUCUGUUGGAGAUGCAUACAAUUCAGCAAAAGCAAAGAUUGCAUACCUUGCGAGAUCUUAGAGCCAAACACGAUAAGAGUUUUCAGGCGAACCAUGAAGCCAUCGUCGACUGGCUCGCACGGCCCGUGGAACGGGAGUCUGGUGUAGAUCGUCAAAUUAAAGAUACCAUUGGAUGGAUGCUCAGCAAGAACCCAGCAGAGCGGCCCACGGAACGUCCAUGA